UGCGCGAAUUUGCAGGAAGUGUGUGAGCGAAUAUUUUACCAGCUGACUGAAGAAUUGUCAACAGCUAGUAAGUACGGUCACGGCAGAGCAACAACAAUACAGAAAUAGAGACUGGAAUCAAAAAGACGCCUUUGAGAAAAAGACCAGUACAGAAACUCCUGGGAUAAGGCUGAAGAAAUAGAGAGAUUGACAGUUGGUCCAAUCCCAGAUUGCUUGCUGUCUGAGCUCCCGCCCCCUGGGAGACUCCGCCCCCUGUCCCUGUUGCUCUCCCGUGCUUCUCCAUCAUGAGCUCCAGAGGGACUGGCCGGUCCAACGGCGCCCUGCCCCAGACCAAGAUCUGCCAGUUCAAACUGGUGCUGUUGGGAGACAUGGCAGUUGGCAAGUCCAGCCUGGUGCUGCGCUUUGUGAAAGGGCAGUUUGAUGAGUUCCAAGAGACCACCAUUGGAGCGGCAUUCCUGGCGCAGUCCGUGUGUCUGGACGACACCACGGUCAAGUUUGAGAUCUGGGAUACAGCUGGGCAGGAGCGCUACCACAGCCUUGCACCCAUGUACUACCGCGGCGCACAGGCUGCCAUCGUGGUCUUUGAUAUCACCAAGCCGGAGACGUUUGAGCGAGCUAAAGCCUGGGUCAAGGAGCUCCAGAGACAGGCCAGCCCCAACAUCGUCAUCGCCCUGUCUGGGAACAAGGCUGACCUGGCCGAGAAGAGACUAGUGGAGUAUGAGGAGGCCCAGACCUAUGCUGAAGACACAGGCCUACUCUUUAUGGAGACCUCUGCCAAGACAGCGAUGAAUGUCAAUGAGCUCUUCCUGGCCAUAGCUAAAAAGAUGCCAAAAACAGACACCCAGAAUCCUACGCAUGCAGCCAGACACAGGGGAGUCAACCUCCAGGACCCGGAUGCCCACUCCACCCGAUCCUGCUGUGGAAACUAAGCUCCACCACCGCCCCUCCUGCUCUCCAACCCCCUUGCUCCAACCAACCUCAGGGGCAGGGUGAGGGGAGACCCAUCCCAUCUGAUAACCCCCCCCCCCCCCCUCCCGCCCCUUCACACCUCUUCAAACCUCUUCCUUCCCAUCCACCCACCCAAUUUUGUUUGAGAAAGAGAGCAAGGAUAAUAGAUGGGGGAGGGGGGGUGUGUCGAAGGAAAAGGAGAAAGACGACAGUUGUCUUGCUCAAGAGCUUCCCCCCAGCAGCCAGUGAGAUCUGCAGGCGGAGAGAGUGGUCUGAAGGAGACAGAGACUGGAGGAGAGAGUGGUCUGAAGGAGACAGAGACUGGAGGAGAGAGUGGUCUGAAGGAGACAGACUGGAGGAGAGAGUGUUCUGAAGGAGACAGACUGGAGGAGAGAGUGUUCUGUUAAGAAAUGGAGACGGAAAGGUGGACGAGAAGAGCGCAGAGCAACAGACUUUGUAUAAUAUCUAGCACUAAUUGUCGAUGUUUGUUCAUCCCCUCGUUUUGUUUCAGAUUGUUUUAAUCAUGGCUUUUAAAGCAAGCACUGCAGUGCUUUUGUGUGUUUAUAUAGGAAAUGAGAGAUGAGGUGAGGCAGCCUGAAAAACGAGUGAAAGGGACUGUCAAUGUAAAGCCUGCCCCCUCCUUUCCACAACUCCCAUACCUGCUAGCUGGCAUGACCAAGUCCCUAGACCCAGCUCUGGCUCUUGCCAGGCGCUCCCUUAAAAAAUGACAGUGCACUAGUUAUCCACAAUCCCAUAGGAAGCACAGCUCAGUUCAAACCUUCCUUUGAUGUAUUUAUUGAAUUGAUUUGGACCCCGAGUAGGUCUAGAUGUAUGGCACUUUCAGCCAUACCCAUGAAUGCUUUCCUCCAUAAUCAUUUCCCCCCCCCCCCCCCUCCCGCCACUGAUCUAUACACUGAAUCCAGUAUUUUAUUUACUACUGAGACUGAGAAUGUGUGUGUGUUUGCAGGGCAUGUCUCUGGUUGGCUGGACCUUCACUGGAAACUGUUGUACAAAUGUAAUCAGUGAACUAGUGGUGCACAAUAGUGAUAACAUUGAGUAGUUAUUGACCCAGCCCCCACAACCACCUCUAGACUUCACCCUUUCCAGAGAUAGCCCGGCCACACAAAAGACGUGGAAAUCUGACAUAACUGGAUAGGUGUACAUUUGUGUGGAGUGAUCACCAUCAUCCUUAUGCCCCAUCUACACCGCUCAUGUCAUCAUAGCCAAGGUGAGUAGCUGAAAGGUGUCUGUUACCUGUAGAACACUGUAUUCCGCCUGUCAUGCGAAUGCUAGAAUCCCUUCAUAGGAGCUCUGUCCAUUUUUUCCUGUCUUAUCACGGCUGACGUUUGAUUAACAUUCUUGGCUUUUAAUUACUCUUAAUUGGGGACUAUAAAUGACUGGUUGCUUUGGUAACAGUCUGCUUGGUUGGUUUUCACCAAGGCUUGGCUAUAGAAUAUGAAUGACUUGAUUUCUUUGACAAAUUGAUACUGGUCCAGUGGGAGAAUACAAAUCAAAGUGCAAGAAUAGUUUGAAGAACUGUAAAAACAGAAGUGCCUACUACCAGUUUUUUUUUCUUCCUAAAGGUUCCUUGUUUUUGACUUGCUCAAGUGUGUUCACAGUGCAGUGUUUUAAGAGAAGCAUCUCCCCGGCAUUGGCUUGUAUUGUACCAUAAUCAGUACCCUGGCUCACUGUCAUUGGCUCCUUGUAUGGUGACAGGAAGAGCCUGUCUUGUACACUGUAUUUAUGUCUAAUUUUAAUUAAAUUGUUGGUAGUUGAUUUUACUAGAGAACAUCUGUAAACCUGGAAUGAAUCAAUGACUAAUCAAUGUUAUGACAACUAUUUAAUUUUGAGAUGGUUAUGACAAUUCUCUCUUAAAUGAUCAUGUUUGCUCUGUGUCAUUAAAAGUUCUCAAAGUGGGAGAGACUCAAUUUCCCAUCAGCACCUCUGUAAAGUGUUGUUCAAUAAAGCUGUGCUAUGGCACUGAGUGCUGAA